GUGAGCAAUGCCAGCGAAUCGUUCGUGUCGUCGUUUGGCGUCGGUACAUUGUCAACGUGACAAACAACGACGUUCCAGAGUCGGAUCUUGUCCGCAAAGUGCAGCCUGACCCAUAACCCAGCGCGCUUUGGUCAUACUCGGGAGACGAAUUCGGCUAAAUCCUCGGCGUCGACGAGAAACCCGGAGCUUAUUAUUUGAGCGGUUAGCUUGGCGAGUACGCGAAGGUUGGAUGCAGAGUUCACGGGGCCGAUACGUGCGCAGGGUCGCACCAUCGCCUGACCCAUGGCUUGACAUUUUCAUGGAAGAAAUUUACGGUUAGUAUGGAAGACUAUGGAAGAGGACAAGGAAGGAGGACGGGCCGGAUUUGCCGGAAGCUAAGCAAAUUUGAAAUCACGGCACGUUCGUAUGGUGGUGCUAAAUUUAUCAUUUCCGUUACGUUUGCUCUUUCACUGUUUGCAAGCACGUUCAUAAGUGUAUGCUGGCGUUGCGUCCCCUUCGACGAACGCCCAUUCUCAUCCCCACCAGGCUGUCCACUCUUUGCCCUCCCUCGCCGAUCCGGACUUGCAAACGAGGUCUUAUGGCUCCGGUUCCCCCUAUGAAGCUUCCCCAGUGCUGGGGACACCGCGGUGCCUCGUCUCGUUACCCCGAGAACACUCUGGCCAGCUUCGAAGCUGCCAUCAGAGACGGAGCUGAUGGAAUCGAGAGCGGUAUUCCUUUCCGCGCGCGCCUGCGACCGUGUUCGUGACACGCCCCUCAGACGUCCACGUCUCCCUCGACGACGUUGUUGUGAUGUUCCAUGACCCAGAUCUCCGGCGCACCACGGACUCUCAGGGUCAGAUCAGGGAGCGCCGAUGGUACGGUGCGGAAGGCAUGGAGCACGUUCGGACGCGCAAGGAGCCUCAUCAGGCUAUUCCCACCUUUGCGGAGACCAUCGCCCUCCUGAUGCUCCCUGAGAACCAGCACGUCGGAUUCAACGUCGACGUCAAAGUGCAGAACGACCCCGCGCGCUUGUUCGCACUGAUGCACAGCAUCAUUUCGUCCCAGCCUGAAUGGGAGACGCGCCUAGCGCCGAGGAUUCUGCUUGGGCUGUGGCAUCCGAGCUUCAUUGAUCCUGCCAAGGAGUUCCUCCCGUACUGCCGUCGUUCUCACAUCGGAGACAGCCCGUCGCUGGCGCGAACGUACUUCUGGAAGGACUGCGACGUGUUCAGCAUGGCAUUCGGGUCUCUGACGUCGGCUGACGGCGAGC